AUGGAUGUCAAGAGUAGAAAUUAUUUACUUAUGCAUCGCCAAGCAUUGGAAAAAGACAUCAAGACCUCUUAUAUUAUGGAUCGUAUGAUUUCUGACGAAGUACUAACAUUACAGGAGGAGGAGAGAGUGAAGCAACAGAAUACACAGAAGGAGAAAGCAGCUAUGCUUAUAAACAUUAUUCUUACAAAAGAUAAUAAUUCAUAUAGAUCCUUUUAUAAUGCACUACUUCAUGAAGGGUACAGGGAUCUUGCUGCACUUCUUCAGGAUGGCAUCCCUGCCAUCUCCUCUGGUAACAGAAAGAGUUCAAUGGAUGGAAUGACUUCACACGUUAAGACAAUCCUCUGUGAAGGAGGUGUACCGCAGAGACCAGUUGUGUUUGUCACUCGGCCAAAACUGGUAGACGCUAUUAAACAGAAACUGCGUUGCUUGGGAAGUGAUCCAGGCUGGGUCACAGUUUAUGGAAUGGCAGGUUGUGGGAAGACUGUUUUAACAGCAGAAGCUUUAAGGGAUCAUCAGCUCUUGGAAGAUUACUUUCCAGGUGGAGUUCACUGGAUCUCUGUUGGAAAACAGGACAAAGCAGGGCUCCUAAUAAAACUUCAGAAUCUCUGUAGUAGAUUAGAACACGACUCUACUCUUUCACAAAGGCCACCACUUAACGUUGAGGAGGCUAAAGAUCGUCUUCGUUUGCUGAUGCUACGCAAAUAUCCCAGAUCACUUUUGAUCCUGGAUGACAUUUGGGAUUCCUGGGUAUUAAAAGCAUUUGAUAAUCAAUGUCAGGUUCUUAUCACCAGCAGGGACAGGAGCGUAACAGAUGCUGUGGCUGGCAAUAAAUAUGAGGUUCAUGUGGAAAGUGGACUAGCACAUGAGAAAGGACUGGAGAUUUUAUCACUAUUUGUGAAUAUGAAAAUAUCAGAACUGCCAGAACAAGCUAACUGCCUUGUAAGGGAAUGCAAAGGUUCUCCUCUUGUGAUAUCCUUGAUAGGUGCAUUAUUACGAGACUUCCCUAGUCGUUGGGAAUACUAUCUCAAACAGCUGCAGAAUAAGCAGUUUAAAAGAAUAAGAAAAUCAUCAUCUUAUGAUUAUGAAGCCCUUGAUGAAGCAAUGUCCAUAAGUGUUGAGCAACUGAAUGACAAUUAUAAAGACUACUAUAAAGACCUCUCUAUCCUCCCGAAAGAUGUUAGAGUACCUACUAAGGUUCUCUGCAUUCUUUGGGAUAUGGAAACUGAAGAAGUUGAAGAUAUACUACAGGAAUUUGUUAACAAAUCACUAUUGUUCUGUGAUCGUAAUGGGAAGUCAUUUCAUUACUAUUUACAUGAUCUUCAACUUGACUUUCUUACAGAGAAGAAUCGCAACCAGCUUCAGGAGCUACAUAAAAACAUAGUAAAUCAGUACAAGAAGUAUUACAAACUUAAUACGCCUGUUCCAUCUCAAGAGGAUUGCAUGUACUGGUAUAACUUUCUAGCAUAUCACAUGGCUGGUGCCAACAUGCAGAAGGAACUCCGUGAUCUUAUGUUUUCUCUAGAUUGGAUUAAAGCUAAAACAGAAUUGGUAGGGCCUGCUCAUCUGAUUCAUGAAUAUGUUGAAUAUAGUUCAAUCCUGGAUCAAAAGGAUAGCACAGUACGUGAGAACUUCCAGGAAUUUCUGUCUUUAAAUGGGCACCUUCUUGGACGGCAACCGUUUCCUGACAUUAUACAGCUGGGUCUUUGCCAACCAGAGACGUCAGAGGUGUAUCAACAAGCCAAGCUACAUGCUCAAAGAGAAACAGGAGCGUUUUAUUUGGAGUGGAUAAAUAAAAAAUCUUUGAAAAACCUCUACCGUCUGGUGGUUCGCCCACAUAGAGAUGCAGUAUACCAUGCCUGCUUUUCUAAGGAUAGACAAAGAAUAGCAUCAUGUGGAGCUGAUAAAACACUUCAGGUGUUUAAAGCAGAAAGUGGAGAGAGACUCCUGGAGAUAAGUGCCCAUGAUGAUGAAAUACUUUGUUGCACUUUCUCUGCAGAUGGUGAAUUUGUAGCAACUUGUUCUGCUGAUAAAAAAGUGAAGAUCUGGAAUUCAAGAACAGGCCAGUGUAAGUGCGUAUAUGAAGAACACUCAGAGCAGGUCAAUUGCUGCCAGUUCAAUAACAGAAGUGGUCAGUAUCUUUUAGCCACCUGCUCAAAUGACACUUUCAUCAAACUUUGGGAUUUGAACAAGGAGUAUUGUAGAAAUACAAUGAUGGGUCAUGUAAAUUCUGUCAAUCACUGUAGAUUUUCACCAAAUGAUGAAUAUGUUGCUAGCUGCUCAACAGAUGGAACAGUAAAGCUUUGGGAAGCACGCUCAGCAAAUGAACUGAAAAGUAUCGAAAUAAAAGAUUUCUUCAGAAAUGCAGAAGAGCAACCAGAUGAUGUGGAGGUUUUAGUAAAAUGUUGCUCUUGGUCCAGAAAUGGUGACAUGAUUUUGGUGGUAGCCAAAAAUAAGCUUUUGCUUUUUGAUGUUAAAACAUGUGAUUUGUUAACACAAGUCAUCAUAAGUCAUCACAGUACAAUCCAAUACUGUGACUUUUGUCCUGGUGAUGAGCUAGUAGCAGUUGCUUUGUCUCACUGUUCUGUUGAGUUAUGGAAUAUCAAAUCUUUGUCAAAAGUAGCAUACUGCAGGGGACACAUGAGCUGGGUUCACUGUGUGACAUUUUCACCAGAUGGAUCUUCAUUUCUGACAUCAUCUGAUGACCAGACAAUACGU